CACUCGGGAAGGCUGUGUUACUCAUACUCUCCGAGAUUUCUCAUUCAAACAAAACUCGAGUCCUCGUGCAUGUGUUUCGGUUCGCGUUUUCCAUACACGAUUGAUUGAUAUUUCAACAACAAGCGAACAUUCGAUAACAAAGCGAUUCGUGUUAUUUCCUGUUCAUUGACUUUUUAUUUUUUGUUUAUCAUUUCUGUGAGUGUUUGUGUUCAUACUUUGAUUGGAUAUUGAUCAAAUUGAGUGGUAUACUGGUCAAAGAGGUGCUGGAAAACGGUGUGUGAACGGAAGUUGAUGGAAAAAGACGAGAAAUGUACUCCCAUUCUGAUGUUGUACUUUAUGCUUAGUUUACUCUAACGCGUACAAGGCAAAUGGUGGUUGAAUAAAUAAUAAAGGAUAUAUCCGAGAGAAUAGAAUGUACAUGGGAUUGUGUCAAUUGAUUUGGAUAAUUUAACGCCUGUGAUAAAUUAAUUCUCACGGAUACAAGCGAGUGUACACAAUCGAGUGUACCUGGCAUCUUAUCGUAACUGUAGCCGGAAAUGCAAAACACUUCCGGCGUCUCUGAGGUAAACGCCAGGGUUGACGGCAUGCGGAACAAUUGCUAUUGGAUUUACCCGAGCAUAGUGAACCAAUGAAUGAUCAAAUCCAUUGAAUAAAAUUCACUUGUCGAGUCUGACUGGUGGAGGAAAAAAGUUCAAUUCCGAUAAUAUAAAAUAGCAUACUUUUUCUAUGAAUGGAGAGAAUAGAAACGUAUCACCAUAACGGGGUGGAGAAUCGGAGUGGAUCAAUCUUCAAAGUGUAAUAGUGUGUAUGGAUGUGGUCGGUUGGUUUUGGUGGAAGGUGGAUGGUGGUAGACAGCGUAAACGACGAAGGUGGUGGUGUGUGGAUUUAUUAACAAAAGGAGCACUAAUAUUCUCCAUUGUGCACCAACAAUAAAAAUCCAAUCGGCCAGUUGUUACGAUGGUUUCCCCGUCAUGCGUAACUCUGGUUUUCCUCAUUUGUCUGCAAACAGUAUUGCUAUCGACUGUGAGCAAUUGUGCGAAAACCAGCAACAUGUAUUGGAACACGACCAAUUCAAUAUUUCGAAUAGACAAUACCGAUCACAUCAUAGAUGUAAACAAAAAUAAUGCGGCCUUUGAAUAUGACCAGGUCAAUAUCAUAUGUCCUGUCUACUUGCCAGGGACUUACGACGAUGAGGCUGAGAAAUACAUAAUUUAUAAUGUGUCGAAAGAAGAGUACGAGACUUGCCGGAUAACGAAUCCAAGUCCGCGUGUUAUAGCAGUAUGUGAUAAGCCCUUCAAGACAAUGUAUUUUACGAUAACAUUUAGGCCAUUCACACCACAACCGGGUGGAUUAGAAUUUCUCCCCGGCCACGAUUACUACUUCAUCAGCACCUCAUCCAAGGACGAUUUACACAGGCGCAUUGGUGGACGUUGCACAACUCACAACAUGAAGGUCGUUUUCAAGGUGUGCUGUGCAAAUGACACCAAUGGAUCAUCAACAUCAACAUCCCGUAACUACUUUCCAUCAGCUGGCACCAACAGCGGCAGUAGUACAGUAUCAAGCUCAACGAGUAUUGGUAUUUCGGGUGGUAAUGGCGUUGGUAUGCCACCAUCACCACCUCCAAGUGUCUUCAAAGGUGGGGAUCGAUUCUACCCGGGAGGCAACAUCUAUCAUCAUCAACCUGGUACAGCGCCCACUCUACCCCAUGCGCCCCCACCAAACUAUCCGUCACAUCCCCAUCAGCCGCCGAUUCACAAUGGACAACCGUCCUCGUCACCGCCCAAGACCUCGAUCACCCAGAAGAAGAAGAACAAGGAAUACUCGGAUCACCCGAACGAAGUUGUCAAGAACGAGGAAUUAACGUACAACGGUGCAAGCUCGUCGCACUUACGGCAUCAAACCCUGAGACUUGUUCUCGUAUUAACGAGUACACUUCUGGUCAGCAUGUUACUGCCUCAUUUAAUGCGGUGAACCGGCUGUUAUCAGUGAAAAUUCACCAAUUGAAAAUGGAAAAAAAAAAAACAAAACCCCCUUCUUCUGUGAUUAUCCUACGUUUAAUUAUUCAUUUAAAGCAAUACAGCCAUCACAAUGAAUUCUGAUGGACUAGAAUGACAAAUUAAAUACUAUUAAAUGAAUUAAUUAUGAGGAGAAAAAGUAAUACAUGAUAAUGUAUUCGGCGGCCGUAGAGGUAAAGAAAAGUAAACACGAUCAAGCCAUAUUAAUAUUAAAAGAAAUAUUACGUCUAGGCACUUGGUAGUUACGGCCACUAUUAUCACUACUAUUGCAUAGUGAGAGAAUUACAAGUACGAGGGAUGAGGAGGUAGUUAUAUUGAUUGUCCUUAUCAUGAAGAAAUAACGAAUAGAUAUUUAUUCUAAAAUAAAUACGUCGACGUGUGCUACUUGAUACGGGCUAUCCAUGUGUUCACGUCGAAAAACUUUUUCAAUUUUACCAAUUCCGAAUUUCAAAUGUUGAUGAAAUACUCAACUCACUCGUACAAUGGGCUAUGGAAAUGAGAAGACAAUCGAUUUAGAAAUGAUCUCGCCACUAGUUUCUAACGAAUACUUUGUAAAUAUCUUUUCGAAUUAUCCCGACAUUAUUAUGUACACAAUAAUGUCGGAUUAGGUAUGGUGGGUGAGAAUAGGGUUUGGGGGGGAGCGAGAAUAAUUUCUACGAAAAUAAUUUGAUUGAUUUCUUGUUUCAAUGGCCUUUAAAAAAAAUAACACUGAGGUGUUGUACUGAAUUACGGUGAGUGAACGUAUUUCGUACUCUACUUUCUCGUAAUGAAAUUAUGUAACUCGUGUAAAUAGUUGCCUAAACAAAUGUACUAUAAAAAAAAGCGAGACGUGACUCACAAGUUGACGAAGAUGAAUGAAAGAGAAACAACUAGCCGCAUCAUUAGAAUUUUAAAUUCGUUUUGAUGCACAUGCAAUAGAGUGAAUAGAAUUGUCGGUGUGAGUCAACUCGGAAAAGCCUAAAUUAAAUGAAAAUAACGAGAUUUAAAUGAAAUCAAGUCCAUUGACAAACGAAAAAGUGAAACAAAUUGUAAUAUAAUUGUAUUAUACUGCGACUUUAUCCAUAGGCCUGUAUUAUAUUUAUUAUCAUCGAUAUCUAUUAUAUUAUUAUCACGAAAACAGAAUGUCCAAUUCGAUAUUCCAUAUAAAUAUAUUAUUACUAGGUAAAUAUCAAAUUGAAAAACAAAAUAAUUGAGAUUUUUGUCUCUCUCACUUCUGCUCCCCACAUCAUUAUUACGAAUUAUAACCAUAACAGUUAUUAUUUUCUGAUAUUAGCAGUCAAGAGGAAGGCAUUCACAAUAUUCAAUUGUUUCACUCUUCAAAGUUGUUUCCAUAAUUGUAGUCAUUACAAUGUAGAAUCAUUACGUAAAUCUAAUCCUCUUUUCAAUGUCAGUAAAAAUCAGUGAAAUAAUAUUCUGUUAAUGAGAAUGCCCAUACCUCACACACAAUAUACACAACUUCAAGUAGAAUAAUAAAAUUGCCGUUUGCCAUACGGAAACUGAUGAGAGACGAAACACUUAUGUCGCCUGAUGACAGACACAAAAAUGACUGUAAAUAUUGUAUGUUAUGUUGAAAGAAAAUCCCCGAGCCUGAUUUUCCAAGAUACACCUUCGACACGCACUGAGCUGCUGCUUUAUUCGCUGACUCAAUUAUUUGUACAUUACGCCUGAUUUUUUUCAAAUGAUCAAUUCAAUCAAUUAUACAAAUCGCAGAACAAUGAACAGAUAGGAUGAAGUUAGAAUGACGAAGAGUAAAAAAAAAUUAUGGUUUAUGGAGGAACAUCGGUCAUCUGUGGAUGAACAGAAUGAGAUGCACAUAUUCAAUUAUCCGAUAAUGCUCAAAGCUCACAAAGAAGAACCACAAAAUUGAUAAUCAAGUGUUAACAAUAGUUUCAUGUCUCUAAUCUCCACUCAUGCACCCCGUGAUUCGGACCAAGCUUCUAUUCACAUGACUUAAUCCAUUGUGUACCAGUAAACAGCGUGUUAUCACAUUUCACUUUAUAGUUUUUUGAGUAACUCGACGGUUAACACAGAGCCCCACAGUGUCUGUGGGGAUCACCCAACGCACGCGAUACCGUCAUCUUGACUCCCCCGCACAAUAGCUCGAAGCGUUGGCUGCUUGCGCCCCACUCACCUGUUCACCCAUCAGAACUGAUGUUUCUCCUUAAUAUGAAAUAAAGAACGCGUGUGUAGCGUUUAUCCACUACAGUAUUGUAAGCCUAAGUAUUACACGGCCUACAUCGAGGCAACGUGUGCCUGUCCGUUCAACAUGUCCACAACUUGUCAACGCCUGUAUUUUCUUUGUAUGAUUGUGCAUGAUUUUAAAAUCCUGUAUUUAUUUGUAAAUCUUAUCGAUCCGUUGGUGUCCAUACACUUAGCUCCUUGAAGACUGACAACGCCUCAAAUAACUGAUAGAUUAUAUGGCAAUUGAUAUGAUCAUUUUUUUUUUUAUUAAGAACCGACUAAAUUGUGUUCACAACGGAUAGAUUUGAGAUUAUUCGAGAAAUUAACAGAAUGACUAUUGAACGCGUGAUAGCAGCAAUGAUGACGUAGAUGAUUGAAGUGAAUGACUAUUGAUUCACGAGAAUACUAGAUCAAUACAGUAUAACAGUAAUUUAGGCUCGAAGUAUAGAUAGAAAAUAGACAAAAUGACAACACUGCGAAUUCACUCUUUUUUUUCAUUUUCAAUUUUGUGUUCACCCUGUCCAUUCAAUCCUCCAUUCCACAGCGUAUUUCACUAUAGGACAUCCUGGAUUUCCAUACAUCGCUCAAACCUUUCAUGAUUUUUCAAUUAUUGUUUCUCGUUUUUCUUUUUCAUUUUUUCCCAUUUUACGAAGAUCCAUUAUCAACGCAAUGAAAAGAGUCACGUUAACCAGGGGAAAUACUAAACUCAAAAUAUUUGAAUUCCAUAAAAACAGGGGAAAAGCUGCAGUUAUUGAAACACACGUCUUUGUAAAUAAAAAAAAAAAAAAACGAAUCAGUAAUUAAUAAGAGACUAAGAGACGAGCAAAGAGGGGAAGAUGUAUAUUAAGAUUCAUAGCAAGUAUUAAAUAGGUUUAUAAUAAUGGUUUAUAUAAAAGUGGAUGUACGUUGAUGUCUAAGAUUUUUAACACAAUGAAGAGAAAACCACAAAGUGAUUAUCAUAAUCGGUUGUAUUUUUUUUAAAUCCACAAUGAUAAUAACACGUAACAGGGACAUAAUUUAUCGAGAUUAAUGUGGAUAAUGAAAAAAAAUUUUGUCACGAGACUGGUGUUUAAUUUGGCCUCAGAAAUUGAUAGAGUGAAUUAACGAUUCUAGUCAAACUUUAAACGAACGAAUUUUCAACACAACACGAUUUUAGAAAUUUUUCCGUUAUCGAUCCGGUGUGCGUAUUCCAGCCAGCCUAAACGGAUACUCAAGAGGGAAAUCUAUAUUUGGUAAAAAAAAUUGCGAAUACUUUUUGCACUCUUUUAUUCAUUUACCGUUCAUUCAUACUAUUUACCCCGAUAUAACAGUAUACUAAUAAGACGUCGGCAUAUCGGCUUACAGGUUUAUUCAUACAAUGCAUACAAAGUAAAGUAGAAUUCAUAAACAGUAGACCAUUCGUAGCGCAAUAGUAAAUUAAAGAAAAACGAAAAAAAAAACAGAAAAAUAAUCAUGAAACUUCACAGAAACAAAAAACCGAUACUAUAAAGAAUAGCAACGUCUUGUACUUACACUGGAAUACACUGAAUUUAAUACAUACUGCACUGAUAUAUCGACGCGUCACAACAGCAGAAUAGAAAAUCACAAGGGAGGAUAAGAAAACGAAUAAAAAUUGAUUCAUUUGAGACAAAUUGCCUUCUCGAAUUUGUCGUAUAUUAAUACUGUAUAAUACGCAGUACCGUAUCUCAAUAGUAAAGAAAGUAAUGAAACAAAAACGAACACUAUCUAUUAAAAAAAAUUGUGGGAAGCCAAUACGUCAGACGAAAAUUGAAUCAACUUGAAAACUGGCUCAUGGUCGUUGAGCCUGAAAGUAAGUGAAAGAAAACUCGAAAUAUAUUAUUAGUACAAAGAGAUACUUUAUGGCACGAAGUGUACGUAUUAUUUCUUCUCCUCUUCACUACUGAUGCUUUGUAGAUCCGCCACAACUCUUCGUUUUUCUUCUCAGUUUGGAAAGGGAAUUUAGAGAAAAUAAAUUUUUUAAUGGUCAAUACAAACGUCAUUUUCUAAGGUAAAUCACAAUAAAAAAUGAAAAAAAAAAUGAUAUUAGUCCGUAUACAAUGUACAUGUACAUACGAUUGAUAUAUGUACAUAAUUAUAGAGUUGAAAGUGCCAUAGAAAUUAACAAACAUGAAUUUUUGGAAUACUACUAAUGAGAAAGAAAACUAAUAAUUAGCAAUUAAAAUACACGUCGGAAAAUGUUCAUUACGAGUUUUUGUAUCAUUAUUCGUGCUCAAAGGGGAAAAUUUCACUAUUUUUCCAGUAAGCAUUGACGCAUAAAGAAACGCUUAAAUUCGACUGACAAUUCAUUAUCACCCCAAUAUCAACGAAUUUUUGAUGUGUAAAAAUUAAUUGACCUGUUAUAAUUGUUAUACGACAAAGCAAAUACGUCCUUUUUCGGGUUUUUUUAUUCUGCAUUUGUUGGGGAGGGGGAAUAUUUAAUCGGGGCGACGUGACAACCGUUUUGUAACGUUCAACGUCAUUCAGCAAUGUCAAUAGGUUAUUUGUCAAAUUGCUUAGUGAGUAAAAAAAAUUAUUUAAACCAAAUCAACUCCGUGAAUGAAAGAGAGACGCAUUUCGUUCGCGAUUUUUCUUUUCCUUAAUUAGCGUAUAUACUUGGAAAGCACAAUCACAGCUAGAAAACGAUGAAAAUUAAAGAAACGAAAUUCAAUGAAAGAGAAAAACGAAAAUCACGGAGGGCCUGCACACUAAUCGUCUUAAUUACCUAACGACAACAAAGCACGAAGAAAAAAAAUGAAAGAAAAAUAAAAUACUCAUGAUUGUACUGAUUGUUGAACGUGGCUAAAAAAUAGUAAUUAAAAUAGGUCGUUUAAGAGAGUAUGUAUACAGUGCGAGCCUCUAUAAGCCGCCAAUAAAACGAUAAACGCGCGUGCUUACUGACAAUGGCCUACAAAAAGAAUCGAAAAAAAUCAUGAUAAACGAAAGGAAAUUAAUAUUUGAAGAUAAAAAAACUAUCGAUUAUUAAGCACACGCGUUUUCACUGACGAUAAUUAUUGUUAUACAAGAGAAAAAAAAAUCGAAACGGUGUGGUAUACAAGACUAAGAACGAGACCUAAAAGUGGGACAUAAUAUUUUAUAACUCAACUUUUGUACAGAAUAAAUAAAUACUUGUACUGUGGACCAAUA